ACAGAUUAUGGUACUAUAAUUCUGUGUCUUACUUAUGUUUAACACAAACUGACACAUUAAAAAUACAAAAAUGUUAGGAUUAGGAAUGGGAACACUUUUUUUUUUUUUUUCACCAUCUGAUGGUAGAUAGGUGAUUGAUCGCAUUCGUUAGAGGGAAGGCCCUCGAUUUUCAGCUAAGGAAGCCCAACACCGCUAUCUGCAAGUGACAAAUUUGUCGGGAGACGACGUAGUUUCAACUGGCUGGAUAAUGGAUCAUGAAACGCUCUACAUGACUUAAAAAUAAGUACUUUGACAGAGGUAGCCUCGACUCUUUCGUGAAGCUAUAUGGGAGAAACCAAUUGGCCAUGGCGCUGAAAGUAAAUCAGAAGAACAAAGAAACAAUUGUCGAACAAAAACAGGAAGGUAAUGAACAACAAAGAGAAAAAGAAGAAGAACGACUGUGGAGCUGGGGAGCAGGCACGGAUGGACAGCUGGGCACAGCCAGGCUCGAAGACGAGCACCUCCCUCAACUCCUUAACGUCCCUUCUCUCUCUUCCUCUGGUCCCGUCUCCAUGCUUGCUUGUGGCGGUUCUCACGUUGUUGCCUUGACCUCUGGUGGGAAAGUGCUGACAUGGGGAAGAGGUAACUCUGGUCAGUUAGGCCACGGGGAGAUGGUUAAUAGCUUGUUAACUCCAAAGCCUGUAUUGUCUUUGGAGAGUUCCUUCAUUACUCAAGUUUCGGCUGGAUGGAACCACUCUGGAUUUGUUUCAGAUGAAGGGUGUGUUUUUACUUGUGGAGAUGGUUCGUUUGGUCAGCUUGGGCAUGGUGACUACAGGUCACAUUGCUCUCCUGUUAAAGUAUCAUUUUUUGAUAAUAAGCAUGUUGAACAGAUAGCAUGUGGUAUGCGCCAUUCACUUGUCUUACUGAAAGAUAGUUCAGGAAAUCAACUUUUUGGAUUUGGAUCUGGAAGGCGUGGUCAACUGGGUAUUUCAAUAGAUAGAAUCAAGUCAGUUAAUACUCCUCAGGUUACUUGUGGAUUUGAAGUUGUUAAAAUCAUUAGCAUCAGUGCAAAUGGAGACCAUAGUGCAGCAUUAUCUGCUGAUGGACAACUGUACACUUGGGGAAGAAGUUUUGGUGCCAAUUCAGAUUUUCUCAGUCCUCAACAUUUACCUUCACCAUUGCAGUUUUCUAAAGCUGUGCUUGGUUGGAAUCAUGCUCUAGUAUUAUCUGAUGAUGGACAAGUUUUUAUGCUUGGCGGUAGCCACCAUGGAGUCCUAAGCAAUCCUGAGAAAGUAACUCCUUCAAAGCAUUUAUCUGGAUCACCUGUUUUGGAGAGAGUCCCUGGUCUCGAUGGGAUGAAAAUUGUGCAGAUUGCAGCUGGAGCUGAGCACUCUGCUGUUAUAACAGCAGAGGAUGGAGUGAUUAAGACAUGGGGUUGGGGUGAACAUGGCCAGCUUGGUCUUGGGAGUACAUGCGAUCAAAGUAGCCCUCAAACAGUUAAUUUAAGUCAUGAAGUUCUACACAAAGAUUAUACAAUCAGAGUUUACUGUGGGAGUGGGUUUACAUAUGCCAUUAGAACGCUCUCUUCCCUUUCUUAACCCUGAUACGUUCUGGUUAAGUUCAAAGAUCCCUUAUGCUAUAUGCCUUUUCUACAAACAUCAAUGGGAACAAAUUUUUCUGCUUGUAUAACAAAGAAAGAAGAGGAAAACUCUACCAAGUACAACCUUUUAUUCUGUAUCUUAUCUGGACGGAGCAAUUAUCACUGUGUCAUAUGGUAUUACUUGAAGGCAGGUGUAAAAUUGUCUAACCGUGAGAAAACCAUCGCCCAAGUCAAGCACCUGCUGCCCGCGUUGUAAUUGUAAUGCAGUAGCAGCAGCGGCAGUAAUAGUAGUAAUGGUAGUAGUACUAUUAUUUAGAUUCUUUUACUAUUAUUUAGAUUCUUUGUGGGAUUAUAUGAAUUGUAGAUUGAAUUCAUUUUGUUAAGUUGAUAUUAAGAGCAGUAAA